AUGAGCUUCGAUGGCUCUUCAAGGAAGCGUCAGCGGACGAGCGAUCUCGUCCACGGCGAUCGCGAGGACCCUCUGACACGCGUAUGGCUGCGGCGUCUUUGCGAUGCCGGCUCGGCAAUCCCGAGGCCUGCACUGGAGCAGCUUCGCCGUGCAGAGAUCCUGGGCCUGCGUGCACGCUUCGACACGCGCUACGCCGACGUCUGCAAGGAAGUCGGCAAAGAAGAAACAGCACGGCAAGCACCCAGAGAGUCGUUUAACAAGUGGCUGAUGGAGCGCCUGAAUGGCAACGGAAUGGAUCCUCUGUGGGGAGGCGAUCACUCCAAGUUUCAGGUUUCCGGCUCAGCAGAGGAAGCUGAUGCAGCACUUUGUAGGAGACUGUGCCGGGUUCUGCUGCCUGGGCUGGAUGCGGAAACUGCAGCGACAGCAGAAAGCCGAGUCCGACGGAUCUGUUGUCAGCUGACCUCGGAGGCUGCUGCUGCUGCCAAAUCCUUGCAUGGAAAGUUGAAGGCAGAGUGCAGCAGCACUGUGUCAGCAACCUUCGAUACACGCCGAGGCUGCUACCUGUUUACGCUGCCUGGAAGCCCGGACAGUCCAGCCAUUGCCAAUGCUUGCUCGGACUCGGAGGGUAGUGGAGAGUCCGCAAACGAGCCUGGAGGGAGCUCGGAGGCAUUUGCCAUCAGUCCGUCCGCGCUGGCCAGGUUGGCGAAGCUGCUCCGAAAAGCGGCAAAGCGGGCCAAGGCGAUGGCCGAUGAUGCCGAUGUCGAAGGACGUCAUGGCAGAAGCGAUUUGGCAUCGUCCAUCACGUUCCUGCAGGAGGAAUCCACGUUUUGGAACCUCACUUAUUGUACUCUAUGCCGCUACGAUGCGCUGUUUGGGCCGGGGCACAAAGAGGGAGGGGGUCUUCACGCAGCCGUUCCUGACGAGGUUUUUGUGGCUUUGGAGAGAGAGUCCCUUGGCAAGUUGGAGUGCUUUGCAUCGCCGCUGCUGUGCCAGAAGACCUGGCACUUCUGCUCCAUCUUUAAAGACCUGGAUGUGUUCUUCGGCUCUCUGGGCCCAUUUCUGGAGGAAGACUUGGACAUAGGGACGAUGGGCGGGGUUUAUGAAGUCAACCCACCCUUCGUGCGUGGCUUGGUGCUACGACUUGCCAAGAAGCUGCGUGCUGCCUUUGAAAGUGCUGUGCAGCACAAGAAAGUCCUUCAUGUUUUUCUCGUUCUACCAGGUCUUCCUGAGAACCGAACUGAGGAAGAGCAUGCCUUGGAAGAGCUGCUGCAAAGCCGGUUCAAAGUUGCAAUCUCAGAGCGGCGGCGGCGUGCCUUCACGAACGGACUUGCCUUCAAGACGGAUCAUGUGUGGCCCCUCUUUGCUGUUUCCACCACUGUCGCCCUUCUCACUUCGCAGCCGGAUUCGUUGGGUCAGCUUGCUGAGCAGUUUGAUGGAAUAUGUAGGCUUUGGGGAGAAGUUGAUGCUGGCGAUGAAAAGGGGCUAGGUCGGAGACCCGGGAGAGGAUGUCAGCUCAGCAUGACCGGGGCCAGCGGAUUCACCUGCUUCAGAGGUUGCCUAGUGGCGGGGCGCUCGUUUGGAUGA